AUGAAGUUCGCCAGCUGCUUCAUCCAGGGCGCUGCCCUCGCCCUCCUCGCGGGCAUGGGCUCGACCUUUGGCUUCGCCGGCUCCAAGCUGGGCAAAGACAUGCACGACGCUGUCAUGAUGGGCUACAGCUCGGAUCUGGCCUUGGAUCCAGGGCAUUUCAAGGCUGUGAUGGACAGCCCCAAGUUUGGCAGCCCCCAGGCAGAGACCGUUGACAUGCCAAUUGACCACAAGAGCAACAAGACGGGCACCUACAAGCAUCGGUUCUGGAUCAACGAGCAGGACUACAAACCAGGCGGCCCCGUCUUUGUGUUCGACUGUGGUGAGGCCGCUGGCCAGAGAUAUGCAGACAGAUACCUCUUCAACGAGACCAACUUCUUCAGGCAGCUGACCAAGAAGUUCCACGGCAUUGGAAUCAUCUUUGAGCACCGAUACUAUGGGGAGUCGACCCCCUUCCCGGUCACCGUCAAGACCCCCCCAGAGCACUUCCAGUAUCUCAACAACGACCAGGCUCUCGCUGAUUUGCCCUACUUCGCAAAGGAAUUCAAGCGCAAGGCGUUCCCUAACAAUGACCUGAGGCCCAAUGCCACUCCCUGGGUCAUGGUCGGCGGCUCGUACCCCGGCAUGCGGUCUGCUUUCACCCGUGACAGAUACCCAGAGACCAUAUACGCCUCCUGGGCUUCCUCAGCUCCUGUGCAGGCCCAGAUCGACAUGGCCGUCUACUACGAGCAGGUCUACAGGGGCCUUGUUGCCUACGGCUGGGGCAACUGCACCAAGGACAUCCGCGCUGCCUACAGAUACAUCGACCGCCAGCUCUCCCGGAACGACACCGCGGCCGCCAUCAAGAAGCUCUUCUUGGGCGAGGGAGCCGAGCAAGCCAGCAACGGAGACUUCACUGCGGCCCUCAUCGUUGCCUACGCUGGCUGGCAGUCCUCCGGCGCCGACGGCCAGGUCGGCAAGUUCUGCAACUGGCUCGAGGUCGACCCCAAGACCAAUAAGACCGCCCCGGCUGAGGGAUGGGCUCCCACGCUCGGAGACAAGGCCAUGGCCGAACGCUUCGCUGCCUGGCCUACGCUCGCCGAGAUGGUCAACGCCAAUGCCAUGACCAACUGCAAGCAGACCGACAAGUCGAAGCCCCUGGAGUGCAAGCUCGACAAGCCCAGCGAGGACCCGGACUUCAUCAGCUGGAUCUGGCAGUACUGCAGCGAAUGGGGCUACUAUCAGACCGUCAACUACCCCCAGCACCCGAUCCUCUCCAAAUACCAGACCAUCAAGUACAACCAGGACUUCUGCUACCGUCAGUUCCCUACCGGCGUCAAGAGCGGAUACCUGCCCGUCAAACCGCAGACCGAGAAGACCAACCGUGCCACCAAGGGCUGGAAUAUGCGCCCAUCCAACGUCUACUGGAGCGGUGGCCAGUACGACCCCUGGAACACCCUAUCUCCGCUGUCCACCGAGCCCUUUGCUCCUCGCGUCAAGGUCUCUCAGGAGAUUCCCAAGUGCAAUGUGUCCACCGGUCCCAGGACGAUCUUUGGCUACCUAAUCCCCAACGCUCAGCACGUCUAUGACUUCCGCACCUACUUCAAGCCCGGCGAGGUUUCCAGAAAUCUCUUCCACUCAGCCUUGGAGGAAUGGCUUCCCUGCUUCAAGAAGCAUUGAAUGAUCGGUAUGAUAUCAGAAAUGAAAAAUGAUUAAUGUCUGGAUGAGUUAUCCCAACGGAUUAAAAACUGUGUAUAUAAAUCCACCCUAGCAUAUCAUAUAUAAAUAUAACUAUACGUGUCUUCUUUCCAAGCAGCCUGCGAGGUGCCUCUCCCUAAACAAGGGCCAUUAGCUUCUGGGGCUCUUGAGCCAGAUGUCAACCAAUAUCUCAAUGCAAGAAUAGCAGGAGAAGUAAUGGUAGCACCAAUCUACCAAACAAAGGGACAGUGCCACUGUCGAGACAGAAAGACAAGGUAGGUCAAAGCAGUAUCCAGGAUGGCAUCAUAGAUGGGAUCUAAUAAUCCUGGAUAGCCGAAGCAAUCAAUAUACCAAUUCUAGGGAAUGCAGACUCCAGACACCAACUUAAUAUGCACUACAGCUCAACCCUAUAGCAGCGGAAUACAGCAAUGUCACAGAAGUUCUUCGCACCUGCGUUCUAAAUACAACUGCCGGUUACUCGCGAGUCAUGAGCUUAGAACCUGAGCAUCUCUCGCUCGUAAACAAUGCCCCCCUUAGCUAGCUUUGAGCCACCUACGAAUGCGAAUGGAUCAACCCGACGGCAACCAGCACAACCGACGAAAGCCAAAGGAUUAGAAGACCAACCGUAUGUAAUAUCCCGAUGCGUAUUGGCUUCUCUACGAGAGAAUAUGCCACGUGUAUGCGGCUUUGUGAUAUUCGCGGCCAAAUAUAGGAUAUGUCGUUGCCCUAUAGUAGGGGAGAUCGCAGGAAGACCCUUCCACCUAACCAGUCAUCUACCAUCCAAUAACCUCUGCGUACUAUAGAGUAAAAGUUCAGCUCACUCGAUGGCCCUUUCACGGCAGAUGCCGCACAUGCUGCGUUGUAGUUACAUGCAUCAAGGUGAAGGAUGGUUUAUCCUUUCUGGUUCGCCCGACCCGUACAAAGACCACCAGCAAGUCCUAUGCUUCACAGACGCAGCAAAACAGCGCACAGGAAGAUACCCAGGCUUCUCCGACUCAUUAACGACUGAGAAAGAUGGCCGGUCUCUAGGAUACCAUCCGAAAGAAAGGAGAGGGCGAGGGAUCGAUGACUGUGAUGUGAUCGCCAUGCCCUGGGUUUCACAACAUCUCGGCACUCACAGGCAGGCAGGCCGAAUCCUUCUCAUAUCACAAUAGCGGUUAACACGUCCUUCUUGUCCCUCAUGAAGGAAUGUUAAGGCGAAUUUCGGGCUGGAAGGGCAGUGAUUGGGUAUAUGGCGGCCUAGGCCUGUAUGCCAUGCGCUUUCCGGCACCAGCUCUUGCAUAUGUCCGCGUGGGACAAUGGCCAGGAUGAAAUGCGGUCUAGUACAAAGUACACACUGUGAACUGCCGGCAGAGGAGACUGUGUUGACUGGCUGUCCUGGAUUCGACAGGAGAGCAAGCUUGCAUGGACAUGGCUGGGGAUAUAACUAGUUGCCCUGAUCUCCUUGACCGUUGACGCCGGAGCUCCUGAGGCUGCGAUACUGGUCACUGAUAUAGUCACGCAUUGCACAGGUGGUUUUUGCAAUCUGGGCUUUAUAUAUUUGAAGCUCUGCUUGUGCCGUAGAUAUUGGUGAUAUCAGUUGGUUAAUUAGUCCAUCAGUUCAACAAGCAAUCAAGCCUGUAACUAAAUGGUACCAUAAAAUCGCAUCAAAUACAUCCGUACGCCCCGACGAAGGAUGAGCUGCCCUUGUAUAUUUUUAUUUUU